AUGGACUUAUUAAACGAUGUUGAAGCCAUAGCUGUAGCAUAUGUAUUACAAAAACGUAAUAAAGUUGCAAAAAAGGAAAAAUCCAAAAGGAGAUAUUGGGUACAUCCGAUUAAUAUGAAAAUUAUUAAAGAAGGUCAGUUUCAAGUGAACUUCAUGACACUGAGAGCUCACCCUGAAGAAUUUUUUAAAUAUUUCAGGAUGUCUAUAACAUCGUUUGAUGAGCUAAUUUCACUGGUUUGGCGCAUUCCAAUUUGUACAGAAGAACGACUGACAAUCACUUUGCGGUAA